CACUCAAGACGGUUGUGUCGGUUAUUGUUGCCAUGGCGACGGGAAGCUAGCUUUGAAGCUUGCAUCCUUUUCUGAUUAAAGGUCGAAUAAGAGUCUACUAGAGGAUAAAUAAAAGUGUGUGUGUGUGUGUGUGUGUGUGUGUGUGAGAGAGAGAGAGAGAGAGAGAGAGAGAGAGAGAGAGAGAGAGAGAGAGAGAAAACGAGAUUAUCGGGGAGCGCGCAGCACGCCCCCGCGUACUAGUCCAUCCAUCCCCGGUCAGAGUCACCAUGACGGCCCGUUGUAUGCGCUCCCUGUCCGGAGCCCUGAAGCCCCUGUUCAGCAACCGGUUGUCCAGGGUUUGUGCUGCAGCUACAUGUAACCAGAGACAGCGGUCCACGUACACUACUAUACCUCCACCGGCUCAGUAUGGAGGCAGGCACACUGUGACUCUGAUUCCCGGAGAUGGCAUCGGACCAGAACUGGCCAACCACGUGCGCGAACUAUUCCGGUUCUGCUGCGUGCCGGUGGACUUCGAAGUCGUCAACGUGGACUCAUCCAUGACGUCAGAAGAUGACAUCAACGACGCCAUCAUGGCUAUCAGACGCAACGGAGUUGCACUAAAAGGUAACAUUGAGAUGAACCACAACUUGCCACCGUCCUACAAGUCCAGAAACAACCUGCUCCGCACCUCUCUGGAUCUGUAUGCCAACGUGAUGCACUGCCAGUCUCUACCAGGAGUGAGGACGCGUCACAGAAACGUCGACAUCAUGAUCAUCAGGGAGAACACCGAGGGGGAGUACAGCAGCCUGGAGCACGAGAACGUGCCAGGCGUUGUUGAAUGUCUGAAGAUCAUCACCAAGACCAAAUCUUUACGCAUCGCCGAGUACGCUUUCAGGACUGCUCGGGCUAAAGGACGCAGACGAGUCACCGCCGUGCACAAAGCGAACAUCAUGAAGUUGGGUGACGGCCUCUUCCUGGAGUGCUGUAAGGAGGUGGCCAGCGGUUACCCUGAAAUCGCCUUCGACAGCAUGAUCGUGGACAACACCACCAUGCAGCUGGUUUCCAGGCCACAGCAGUUCGAUGUGAUGGUUAUGCCUAACCUGUACGGAAACGUCGUGAGCAACGUGUGUGCCGGGCUGGUUGGUGGACCGGGCCUGGUGCCCGGAGCCAAUUAUGGAGAGGAUUACGCCGUGUUCGAGACGGGCACCAGGAACACCGGCAAGAGCAUCGCCAACCACAACACCGCCAACCCCACGGCCAUGCUGCUGGCCUCGUGCCUGCUGCUGGAUCACCUGAAGCUCCACGCUUACGCCGCCAUGAUCCGCAGGGGCGUCCUCUCCACGGUCUCUGAGACUCGGCUGCACACCGCUGACCUCGGAGGCCAAGGCUCCACGUCUGAAGUAGUGCAGUCCAUCAUGAAUGCUGUUCAGAGCACCGGGCCCCGGACGCUGAGCACCUAGAACUAACAUAAAUAUGCAGAGACGUCAGUGUGCUCCACAAAAACAACAACACUGAAAUGAAACAGCGUGAACAGAUUUAUGUCUAUGCAACUUGUUUCUUUGUUUGUGUCUACACUUCACAAUCACACUGCUGAGUUACACCCUUUAAAUGUUCGUUAGUUUGUUUCAAUUAUUUAUUAUAGAGUGUUAAUAGAACUUAUUUAAACCAAUCACAGCCGUUUCAUCUGAAACACAGCUGUCCUACUGACUGAGUGUAUUUGAAGACUGACCUUUAAUAAAGAUAAUAAAGCUCACGUCUCUGUCUUCAU